GUUGCCGGAAGUGACGUCACGGCCGUUCCAACAGCUGCGAGUCGAGGCAGCGCGACUGAUCUGCGGCAGAGCUGAGGCGAGAGGAGUCGUACAAGGAGUGACACCAGCAGCCUCCAGCGGUGUGUGUGUGUGAGAGAGAGAGAGAGUCGGAGCGACGGCAGAUUGAACCCUUUGUGGACAAAGGCCUUGCCAAACCAUGGUGGAUUACUACCAGAUCCUGGGAGUGAGCAAAAAUUCCUCCCAGGAGGAUAUCAAAAAAGCGUACAGAAAACUUGCUCUUAAGUGGCAUCCAGACAAGAAUCCAGAAAACAAAGAGGAGGCAGAGAGAAAAUUUAAGGAGCUUUCAGAGGCCUAUGAAGUCUUAUCAGAUGCAAACAAGAGGGACAUAUAUGAUCGAUAUGGUAAAGAAGGCUUGUCUGGAAACGGUGGAGGACACUACCACAACGGUGACCCGUUCCGGGGGGUCUUCACGUUCCGAAACCCAGAAGACGUCUUCAGGGAAUUCUUUGGCGGUCGAGACCCAUUUGCAGAUUUCUUUGAUGACCCUUUCGACGACCCCUUCUUUGGUGGUGGGCGGAGCCAUCAUCGCGGCAUGAGUCGGAAUCGAAUGGAUGGGCCUUUCUUUGCGGGAUUUGGAGGUUUUCCUUUCGGGGGCGGUUUCUCAGGGUUCGACACAGGUUUCUCCUCCUUCAGCUCAAUAGGUGGCAGCGGCGGCUUUGCUUCAUUCUCCUCGUCGUCAUUCGGUGGUGGUGGUGGUGGAAUGGGGAACUUCCGCCAAGUGUCCACCUCUACCAAAUUCAUCAAUGGAAGAAAAAUCACAACAAAGAGGAUUGUAGAGAACGGACAGGAGCGCGUCGAGGUGGAAGAGGACGGCCAGCUAAAAUCUCUCACUGUCAAUGGUGUGCAUGACCUGGAAGCCUUAGAGGAUGAGCGCCGCUCUCGCAGGCAGAACAUGCUGACCGCCGCCCCCUCGGUACCGCGCUACCUGAGGAACGGCCCCCAGAGCGCCGCCGAGGAAGAGGAAGAGCGUGGCUCUCCCAGCCCCAUGCCGGGCCAGUCCAGAGGGCACACGGACAGCAAGAGGAGGAAGCCGUGGCUCAGGGAGGAGGCCAAAAAGAAAAAGACCCCCCGGGUGACGCAUCGGACGGGCUUCUGGUUUUAGGAGCGCAGCCCCCCGUGGAGCCGAGGAAGGGCGGAGGCCACCUGGAGAAGCGCGCACCGCCGAUGGCGCCGGCUGUCUCGGCACACGCCCCGCCCCGUCCCGCCCCCCUGCCCCGCCCUCCCUCGACUCACCGGGCCAUCCCGGGCCUUCUCCCGGCGCUGUCUUCCCGAUCUCCGUUAGCGAGUGCGCGUCCAGUCUGUAAUCCCUGUCUCCAUCUGCUCUGUGUCCCCCCCCCCCCCCCC